CUGUAGCGCUUGGACCGUGCUUCCACAGCAGUGUUUUUACGGUGCUGUGCUUGUUCAACACGCCCGGCGGCCGCCUUUUCCGUCCGCUUCUUCUCUCACCCCGACCCCAGAAAUCAUGAAGGUCGCCAGUGGCAGCGCCACGGCCGCUGCGGGCCCCAGCUGCGCUCUGAAGGCCGGCAAGACGGCGGGCGGCGCGGGAGAGGUGGUGCGCUGCCUGUCUGACCAGAGCGUGGCCAUCUCCCGCUGUGCCGGCGGCGCCGGGGCGCGCCUGCCCUCCCUGUUGGACGAGCAGCAGGUGAACGUGCUGCUCUACGAUAUGAACGGCUGCUAUUCACGCCUUAAGGAGCUGGUGCCCACCCUGCCCCAGAACCGCAAGGUGAGCAGAGUGGAGAUCCUCCAGCACGUCAUCGACUACAUCUGGGACUUGGAAUUGGAGCUGAACUCAGAAUCCCACGGCGGGACCCCCGGGAGCCGGGGGCUCCCCGCCCGGGCUCCGCUGAGCACCCUAAACGGCGAAAUCAGCGCCCUGGCGGCAGAGGUGAGGCGCCAUGUGUUCCAGCGGACGAUCGCAUCUUGUGUCGCUGAAGCGCUGCCUUCCGGGAUCGGCGGACCCCAGUUCUCCAGCGGUUGAGGGGAAUAAGUGCUCUCUGGUCCUCCCAAGCGCCUCGCCAGAGCUGGGGAGGAACAAGACAGAUUGGCGGCCACUGGGCGCCUGCUGGAUCCAGCCCAAGGGUGGGGGAGCUGAGGAGGGCAGGCUGACCCUUCUCGCCCACCAGCCACCAGAGACUUGGGGGAGUCCCCCUGUGUGUUUCUAUUUUUUGAAAAGCAGACAUUUUAAAAAAUGGUCACGUUUGGUGCUUCUCAGAUUUCUGAGGAAAUUAAUUGCUUUGUAUUGUAUAUUACAAUGAUCACCGACUGAGAAUAUUGUUUUACAAUAGUUCUGUGGGGUGUUUCUUUUUUGUUGUUGUUAUUAAACAAGUACUUUAGAUGGUGGUAAA